GAUAUUUCUGCUUUGAAAGGUGGAGUCCCUUUUAUGUGAUCCGGAAGUAAUGCUAGUAGUUUGUGGCGUGAAGUAGAAACCUCUACAUCGCUGUUGGACAGUAAGUGUCGGGUUCAGCGCUGUAGCUGUAGUUGCAUUUAUGAAGGACUUUUACUAUAAGUGUUAACAGGAAUCUGACAUCAGUGGAGACAUGGUGGGUUAUGACCCCGGGGCUCAGGGUGCAGCCCUCUCCCCAGAGGAGGCAGCUCUGUCUGGGUCAGCUGCGGGGAUGGUCACCCGGGCCCUCAUCAGCCCCUUGGACGUGCUUAAAAUCCGAUUUCAGCUGCAGAUUGAGCGUGUGUCUUCAAAGAGGCCCGAGGGGAAGUACCAAGGAUUAUUUCAGGCAGCCCGGUGCAUUUAUUCAGAGGAGGGACUCUCUGCUUUCUGGAAGGGCCACGUCCCCGCACAGCUCCUCUCCAUCUGCUUCGGGGCUGUCCAGUUUGCCAGUUUUGAGUUUCUGACGGAGGUGGUCCACAAGUCGACGCUGUAUGACAGCCAGACAGCAGGAGUUCACUUCAUGUGUGGCGGUGUGUCGGCCUGCUCUGCCACAGUGGUCUGCCAGCCUCUGGACAUACUGCGGACACGCUUUGCAGCUCAGGGAGAAACUAGGGUGUACAGGAACCUGCGUCAUGCUGUGUCUACAAUGUGGCGCUCGGAGGGAGUGCUGACAUUUUACCGCGGCCUGUCUCCAACUCUACUGGCGGUGUUUCCUUACGCAGGGCUGCAGUUCUUCUUCUACAAUGUCUUUAAGAAACUGUUGACUCCGCCACCCAAAUCUGGAAACGCCGGAGGGCUCCUGGGAAGCCUGCUCUGUGGCAGUGGAGCUGGAAUGAUCAGCAAAACAAUCACAUACCCCUUUGACCUCUUCAAGAAGAGACUGCAGGUGGGCGGCUUUGAGGCCGCCAGAGCUCACUUUGGUCAGGUGCGGCGGUAUAGAGGCCUGGUGGACUGCAUGGCUCAAAUAGCCAAAGAGGAGGGCGUCCGAGGCUUCUUCAAAGGCCUCUCACCCAGCCUUGUGAAGGCUGCGCUGUCAACAGGCUUCAUCUUCUUUUGGUAUGAAGUUUUCCUCAAUGCCAUGCGUAACCUCAAGGAGAGACGACGAACAAAUGGCUUCACCAAAGACCUUGAGGGAAGAUAGUGAAGAGAAAAAUGGCACAAUCACGCACAUCACAAACACUCAAGCCGCCCUCUUCACUUGCACUUAACACAUUUAUUAACUGUGUCGAUGUUCGGUGGGGGUUUAUAUUGCGUUUACGUAGAAGGAUGGGAAAACAUGACCUCUUUUUUUGUGCUGUCGUUACAUCUUGUGUUUUACAAGCAUUAACAUUUUUUUUGUAAAUGCAGUUUAAUAUGUUGGUGGUUUAUACGGGGUUUGGAUUCUUUAUUUUUAAAAGAUAAAUGUUAUUAAAACAUUAAAACAAACUGAACUUUGCACAUUUUAAGCUGAUUUUCAUAAUUUUGCCAUUGUUGACUCACAUUUCUAGAAAAUGUGAGUCAUUAAACUGGAGCGGACUAUUCAGUGACAUUUGAUUUGAUAGUGUGGUCGUAUGUGUUGAGACAAAAACAUGAACUCUGUAAUAUUUAUUCGAUUAUGUCCUGUGGUGGGCAGAACGGCUUCCUGUGGACCGUUUGGCUGCUAAUCAAGAGUUUAGAGUUAGUUUGUCAUGCUGAGUUAAACUCUUUAAAGUUGUUGUCUGUCCAACACUUUCAGGUCUAUAUUUUCUUUUAUAUAAAAGUUAUUAUGAAAAAA